AUUUGUUCUCUCCAGCAGGAGGAGGGCGUUCCGCUCAACAACUCACGCAUCCAGUGGCUGCUAUAUUUCUACGUGUGAGUGCGCUGGUCCAUAUGUAGGUGCAGCCACGGCUUUAGGUUUUCUCCGUGUUUAUCCAGGGACCGGGCCUGUCCUUGAUGUUAGCCCGCCUGGCGGCUGCUCUGCCGGGGAAAAGGCGACAGAGGAGGCCGGGCUGGAAGACAUGGAGGCUGGCCGUCCUUGCAGAGGGACUGGGCUGUAGGACGUGCUGAUUUCUUCAGUGGAGCGGUUGGCUCUCGUAGUAUGGACCCCGCCCCCAUCGGAGGGGAUAUGUCACCUUUGUAUGUGCCGAGGAAAAGGAAACCUGUCCAAUCACAAGCCAGAAGUUCACCUCCAUGUCCAGCUGUUCAAAGGUUUCCUGACAGACAAGGUGAACUAAAUACGUUUGAAAAUCCAGAGGAUGCAGAGACUCAAGAUCAAAACAAUGUAAAGAUGAAAAGAACUUGCAGCAAAAAAAGGUAUGAAGACCUGCAGAAUGUUUCCUUGGGAUCUGUGGAUUAUACGACCACCAGCUGCUCUGUGAUGUCAUCGGGUGGCCUGGCCAACGGCUCGGAUGAAAGAUCCGUAAACAUGCCUCCAAGAGAGAUGGGGAAGGACGUCUGGCCUGAAGGAUCGGAGGCGAGUCGGGAGCAGCCGCAGCCUGAGGAACAGACCUGGAGCUCCAGCAGGGAGCGAGGCACUGAAGCCUGGACUCCAGGCAGGGAAGAACCCCAAACAUGGAUUCCUGACAGAGAUAGAGGCCAUCCUGGACCGGAUCAGGCUUGGCUCACGAGCCAGGAGCAAGGUCCCGAGUCUGGAUGGGGGACGGGGAGAAACCAAAGCCAGGAUCAGGCCUGGAAUGGUGGAAGGGAUCCAGGAACAGACGGAUCCUCCGGCAGACCAGAGCAAAGGUGGGGAAACAGCCGAAGCCAGGAUGAGCAAGUCUGGAGCGACUCAAACAGGGAACGAGGAAACAUCUGGAGACCCGACAUGAACAUGAAGAAGGUCCAGAGAGCAGAAGUGGAGCCAGGCCUUGCUGUAAAUAACUUCCUUCCACCACCAGAGGGCAGCAUGUCCUGUAGGUCUCCGUCCUGUCCAACAGAUGCAGUCAGUGUUAGUAGGAGCUCAACUGUCCAAAUGAAUGAAGAUCAGAAACCCAUCAUUCUUCCAAUCAAGAAGGAACCUCCAACCUACCCUCCAGGAAGCCAAGAGGAGCGCUGGCAGCUCCAGAUUGUGGCCAAAGGGAGAGUGACGUGUCCCAAAUGUAAAAGUGUGAGCAGGAAAACUGUGGAGGGGCUGAAGAAACACAUGGAGAACUGCAGACUGCAACCUUUUACCUGUCAGCACUGCGGGAAGCAGCUUAAAUCCUCCACAGGGAUGAAGUAUCACAUCAUGGCUGACCACAGCAACCUGCCAUCAGCUGAUGACACCAAGGGCCUUGACGACCGCGCCAUCAAAGACAAACUGCGUAAAAUCCUGAAGAGACUCGGCAAACUGAAAUGCUCUAAAGAAGGCUGCACUGCUGCCUUCACCAGCAUCAUGGGCUAUGUGUACCACAUGAAGAAGUGUGGGAAGGAAGAGUCUGAGCUGGAGAAGUUGCUGCUGAAUUGCUCCCACUGUGGGAAAGCAUACAAAUCCAAGGCUGGUCUGGAGUACCACCUGAAAUCAGAGCAUGCUCCUACGCCCCAGAAGCCUGAAGAGGACGAGGCCCUGAAGGCCCAGAGGGAGGCUAACCCAGAGCGGACGCCCAGCGGCAGAGUGCAGCGCGCCUCUGCACAGGUGGCCAACUUCCACCUGGCUGAGAUCGCCAACAAUGAACUGCCAAAGGACUGGCCCAAGAGGAAGUUUCAGUCAGACCUUGUGCCUGACGAUAAGAAGUUGAAAUACGCCCGACCAGGCCUGCCGGCGUUCAGCCAAGAGGUGCUGAGGAAGUGGAAGAAUGAGGUGAAGCUGCAGAGGAAAGUUCACUGUCCCAACCAGGGCUGUGACUGCACAUACACCAGUGUGUCUGGGCUGAAAGCUCACCUGGGAUUGUGCACAAAGGGUGAAUUUGAGGCUGGAAAAUACAGAUGUUUGAUCUGCAACAAGGAGUUUAAUUCUGAAAGUGGAGUGAAAUAUCACAUAAACUCAGUCCACUCACAGGACUGGUUUGUAACAAACAAAAAAGCCUCUAAGAAGUUUGAGAAGUUCCUCAAGAACCAACCAAAAGAGUCAGCCCAUGCAAACAAGCAAACUGUUGACCAGUACCACUACCACCACCUGCACCAACAGCAGCAUCACCAUUAUCAUCAUCAUCAUCACCACCACCACCAGCAGCAGCCCCUGCAGCAUCCACUGCAGCCUCUGUAUCACCUGCAGCACCAAACCCAGUUCCUCCACCCGGAGCAGCAGAACCUCCACUCACAAGAUGAGCCAGAGCUCCACUACACUUCCCUAGAACCUCCAGCGGGACCAGUGUGGUUGGACAUGGACCGCAAGGAAGCCGUGCUGGGACCGGAACACAUCGACAUGCACAUGGCGGACAUGAUCAAAUCAGAGGAGAACAGCGAUGAGAUAAUGGAGCUCAAAGGGAGGAUUAAGGGAGAAACGAUAGGAGAAACCGGGAUGGUGGAUGGGAAACAGACGGACUGCUUCGGUUUCGGCAGCAGUGAGGUGGAAGCCAGGCUUCAUGGCACGCAGCGCCAGAUCGACCAGUGGAACCUGAAACGGCCUGACAUCAUGGAGCCACAUGCUGAUGCUGCAAAAUGAUGGAGAAAUGCCUGAUAGGAUCCUGCAUCAGCUGCUAAAAUAAAUGAUGCAACAGACGGCUACUCCUACUAAAGAUGAGACGACAACAGGAAGUGUAGUACAAAUAAAACUUUGAGCUGAUGAAGGACGUAUAGCAUGAAGUUGUGGACUUAACACUAAAUGUAGUCACAACAUUUAUCUGGGCGUUUUCAACAGUUUUUAAUUCUUUCUAAUUCUUUUAAAACCUUCCUGUCUUUGUUGUUAACCGUAGAAGGUAAAGUCGGUUCUACACAACGUGAGAAUGUCAGCAUAUUUUAUUUGAGAACGUAUUUUGUUCUCUCUGACAACACUGUGUGCCUCAUAAGUUUGAUCUGUCUAACCUCAUUUUGUUCUAUUUACAUCUGUGGCUUCAUCAGAUGAAAGACAGGAGAAAAAUUAAAGUAGCACCAACUCAG